UUCAUCUCUGCCACUCAGCUGUGUUUAUUUUUAGGUAGGUAGCUGGGCGAUGAGCAUGGAACCAUCUUGGGUCGUGCCUUGCGACUCGGGUUGGUCCAUGGAAGAUGCAGCUGCUGCGUGGAGUAGUGAUCAUAGGAUUAGCUUCCAAACAUCCUUGCCUAGCGGUAGUGAUAGCGGAAUGCAGCUGCAGGUGGUUGAGUAUGCAGCCCCAGCCACACCCACACACGAUACUUGUACAGAUCAGGACCAGGUGCUCAAGGAAGUAGUGCAAGCGUUCAAUGCUGACUAUUUGGACAUUAUGGAAAAGAAGAUGCACAGGUUCCCUCCCAGCCUGGUGGAUGUCGACGGCCGGUACAAGGUCCCGGUGACUGUGGCCAUCGGCCCUUACCACCACGGUCAUCCCGGCAGGCUGGAGGCGGAGAGGGUGAAGCAUGUGGCUGCCAGCCAAUGCGUCACGGACUCGGGCCUCUCACUCCAGGAGCUGUACAGCGUGGUCUGCUCCGUGUCAGACGACGCCCGCAGCCUCUACUACCACAAUGAGGCGGCGGGUAAAUAUAUGGGCAACGACGAUUUUCUGCCAAUGAUGUUCUUUGAUGGUUGCUUCUUGGUGCAGUUCAUGCGUUGGUAUUACCCCGACAGAGACAUGCAUGAGGCGCUGGACAGCUACUUCUACGCCCACUUCGAGCGCAUCUCCACGGACAUCAUGAUGCUUGAGAACCAGAUCCCUUGGGUGGUGGUUCAAGCCAUCUUCAACCUCAUGCCGCCAGCGGCCUCGCCCUGGCUCUCGCCCUGGGAGCAGUUCGUCAUUAAGAUGAGAAGCGGCAUGAAAAACCGAGAGGUUUCCAACAUCGACUCCGACGACAUCGUGGUAGAUCCUACAUAUAAACCACCACAUCUCCUCGGCCUCGUCCGGUUCUACAUCGUGGGAAGCGAGGACGACAGACCAGACUUCAAGAUCCAUGAAGACAUGCCCAUGUCAUUAUCUAUCAGCAUGGCCGAGCUUGCUGACAUCGGUAUUGAGCUGAAUCCCAAGGGAAUGCAAGCAGGGCUAGUGGACAUGCGCUUCAGCACGAAACCAUGGUGCUUCAUAGAAUUCGGCGAUCUCGUCCUGCCGCCCCUGUACCUGACCGAAGCAAAUGCGACCUGGCUCGUCAACAUGGCGGCCUUCGAGUUAUGCAAGACCCCACAUUUCGGAGAAGUUAAUCCUGAUCUUGUUCGUGAUAAAGAUUCCGCUGUAUGCUCCUACAUCCACCUCUUCGCCAUGCUGCUGGACCGGGAGCAGCAUGUGCAUGAGCUGCAGAAAAAACUGGUCAUCGAUGGAGGAGGACUCACCAGCACGGAGGCGCUCGAAUACUUCACUUCCAUUGGCAAGAACAUGCGCCUCGGAACAUUCUACCUCGACAUAAUAACACAGAUCGAGAUCUUCAAGAAAAUGAGGUCACGUAGGCUCAGGUCGUACCUCUUCCUUAAGAAGUACAGGACUACAAUCGCGGCCGUGUUCUCCAUCAUUGUUGCAGUCGUCGGCAUAUUGUCGUCGCUCCAAGCUCUCAAGCCACGCUAAGAUGUACCGGACCUGAUUGUACUGGCACUUGCUUGCAUGUUCCACUUGUACACCUUUUACUAUUCUCAUUGUAAAAUUCCUUGUAUCUCAAUCCUAUUUCUAGUGAAAUUUGUACCUAGAUGCAUGUAUGAGGAUGUGUACU